UUUUCUAUUGGGUUAGGCAAUUAGGGUCCGGUGGCAUGGGACCGACGAUUUGUUGCAUACCGUGGUAGCUUAAACUCCAGUUUUUUUGCAUUGAAUCUGUGAGUUCCUCAUAAAGUAAUGUACCGGAUUAAGUUUUGACACGACGUGUGAAGCCAGCUGUAUCGAGUAUGAGCAGUAAGCGCACGUUUGUAGGCUUAGCGUUGGUCACUUAAGCUAGUUGUACUUUACAUGUGCGCUUAGCGCGCACGUGCAAACUUAGCGCACGGUCAUCUACGGAAAACAUGAUUGUGCAAUGUUUUGGAGAUUAUAAAAGGGUGAUACUAUGCUUUUUGGAGGAGGUUGGUAAGCAAAGGCACAAAAUAGAGCAAAACACUUACUUGAGAGCUCUUCUUUCAUCUUCUUCCAUUUUCUUUGUUCAUAUUUUAUUUUUUAGUCUCUCAUGACCAUAAAAGGCUAAAUUGUCCAUUGUAGGGGGCUUGGAUACCAAACACUCUUUGAUGUAAUGAUCUUUAGUAUCCAUUUAAUGUUAUUUCAAUAUUAUUGCUUCCUAUCUAAGUUUAUUGCCUUGUUUAUAGUUUGAUCAUCCAUUCACAUGUACGUUACCUGGUUUUAAACAUUGGAAAAUGUUUUUAUCCUAAGAACUUAAAGGAACUUCAAGGUAACCCAUGUCUAGGGAUAGAAUAAUGUUAUUUAGCCUUGUUUAUGCAUCUUUAUUCUUAGCGCAAAUUACUGGUUUAGCUCUUAGGGGAUUGAGAGUGAAAUUAGGUGAUUUAGUCUCUUUCACAUGAGGAAUCAUGGUUAGAAUAGUUUAGUUGAUGAAGGUAAUAGUUGAAAUAACUUUAAAUGAUGAAAAAUCCUUAACAUUGCAUCAAGAGUAAUUUUGAUAGGCUAAGUGAGAUGAAAGUUAUGUAAAUAACUCAUCUAUAUUUUUUUAUUUUUUUUGAUAAAUGAAUAUUAUACAGUAGAACUAAUAAUCCCUAUAGCUUCGUUCAAGAAUGUAUAGAAUUUCAUUUUAAUAGCCCUCUAAAUCCACUUAUGAAAUGGAUUUAUCAAGUCAAUAAGAAAUGUGCUGGUGGAAACAUUUCAUAUAUGCGAUUGAACUUGAGGAUGUGGGUGUUCUGAGUACGGAAGCACGCUGAUUGUAGCUAAAAAGUUCUGGAUGCUGUUUAUUUUUUCUGAUACUCCACUUAUUGAAUUUUGUUAGGAAUUCAAUAGACACAAACACAAUCAAAGAUUAUGUUACUAAGUAAUGAUCUCUGACAUCUGUACCUUGGUGAAUGAAAGUAAUAACUGUAAUGCUUAUCUCUCUCUAUUUCCAUGUCUUCAUGAUGUUACCUGCAUCUAUGGCUAGUUGGUGCUCAGUAGUGUUACUGUGUGAUGACAUACAAGUACUCAUGUAGGUGUUUUCAUCUAGUUGCAAUCUUGAGGCCUCAACUGAUAUCUUCAAAGAUCAUGCGUGUAGUUACUUCUUGAACUGGUUCAAUCUAUCCUCAUCAAUUUAAAAACGAGUCUUUUGGUUAUUAUGAACUGUGAAUGGGUUUUUGUCAGUUAAUAAUGCAUUACCAUGCAUUGUGCCUGAAGAUUUAAUGCAUCUAAUCACUAGCAUUUCCUUGAUUAAUACAGUUCUAUGGCAUUUCUAAAUUGAAUUUGAUAUAUUGUACUGUAUUAUCCUUUGAGGAAGACACUGUUAUGUGUUAUCCUUUGGUUGAAACCGUUGGAUUGGGCAGAAAACAGACGGUUCCUUCAGAAUACAAUAGAUAAACAAGUUGUCUACAAUUUGGCACUUGCUAUUUCAUUUACAUUGGAAUGCCAUUGUAUGAUCAGUUAUUGCAUGAUAAAACAUUUUUCAGGUCACAACAUUGUGUUAAGCACAACAUGGGAAGAAAUGCAUGCUGACUGAGCCUGCAAUUCAGUUGGAUUUGAUUAACAAUCUCUGGAAACUUCUAACUAGCUUGGAUAUCUUACUGGAUUUGAUGCUCAAACAAGUAACAAGAGCAUGGAGGUGGAUUUCAAGUCUCCUUCCCUUGAAAAGACAGAAGCUGCUGAGACUGAAGUAGAAGAAAACAUGCACUUUCACAAGUCUCUUCAGGAGCUAAGAGAAUUGCAGUCUCAGUUGCACCAUGCCGCAGAUUAUUGUGAAACAACUUUCUUGAAAAGUGAAGCUAAGAGAGAUGUGUUGGAAAAUACAAAAGAAUACAUAUGCAGGGUCAUGGUCACUGUAGUUGAUCAUCUUGGGAACGUCUCGGCUAAUCUUGAUGGCCUUAUUUCUCAAACAAAUGCAUUUUCUGAGGCUGAGUCUAAAAUCCAGUGCCUUAAACAAAGACUUUUCUCAUGUGAACAAUAUGCUGAUAAGCUUGCACUCACAAAAAUGAGAUGGAGGGAGAAAGUGCCAAGACUCCAUACACGAUAUUUAUCAUCUCCACCCAUCCUUGAGAGACCAAGCAGCGAGGAAUUAAGAGAUUCUAAAACUGAAGACCCCUCUAAAUUAGAUGAUAAACACAUACUAGAAAAACAUGAGGAUUUGCCACUCUUUUUGUACACCCAAAAACCACAUGGAGAUAAGAAUUUGAAGCCAACCAGUUUUACUACAUUGAAGGAGCAUAAUUUGACCAUGGUGGUACCUGUUCGGGACGGUUUGUCAGUCUUAACCAAAGUUUCAAAUCCUACAUUUCAUUUCCAAGGUUCCCCGAAGGUUGCACGCCAUAGAAGAUCCUUGCAUGGCAGUAACAUCUUAUGGCUCAUACGGCGUACUAAAAGAAUCCAAUGAAAAACAAUGUUGCCUAUUGCUUCAUGUGCUAAUAGCCUUAUGAUAUCAAUACUACAGCAGCACCUAGCAGGCCCAAAAGGGCACUGAAGACCCAGCAGACCUGAGUAGCCAGCUUAGGAAUUCCCUUGCUCUGCAUACACAAGCAGUUAUAACAGAAUUCAGAUAUUUUCCAAUUCUGUUAUUAGGAUAUUAAGAAUUCUGUUAUUGUUUUGUCUUAUCUCUUGAGGCCUUUAGUGCCAAUCCUUAUCCAGUGUUAUUCCCAUUAUAAAUACCAGGAAAUAUGAAAUAACAGCAAGGGAAAAUUAUCACUCAGCUUUUAUCUUUUACUUAGAAUAGCAUAGAUACUAGGAGGUUACCUUGUCAAAAGCCCUCGGAUCCUAACACCUUAAGUACUCAUGGUGCUGGUGGUCUGUCAUUUUCAUGUGGCAGUUCAAUGUUAGCUGUUUGAUUCAGGAAACAAGCAUUAUUUGCAAAUAUUUAUAUUUCGAGGCACUUUGAAGUAGUUAUUUAUGCAAUUUUGGUUGGAAAUAUCA